AUGGCGGGCAUGAAGACGGCGACCGGGGACUACAUCGACUCGUCCUGGGAGCUGCAGGUGUUUGUGGGCGAGGAGGCUCCGGAGGCUGAGUCGGUCACCCUCCGGGUCACAGGGGAGUCGCACGUUGGUGGGGUACUCCUGAAGAUUGUGGAGGAGAUCAAGCGUAAGCAAGACUGGUCCGACCAUGCCAUUUGGUGGGAGCAGAAAAGACAAUGGCUGCUGCAGACCCAUUGGACAUUGGACAAGUAUGGGAUCCUGGCUGACGCCCGCCUCUUCUUCGGGCCCCAACACCGGCCGGUCAUUCUGAGACUGCCCAACCGCCGUGCCUUGCGUCUGCGGGCCAGCUUCUCCCAGCCCCUCUUCCAGGCUGUGGCCGCCAUCUGCCGCCUCCUCAGUAUCCGACACCCUGAGGAGCUGUCUCUGCUUCGGGCUCCAGAGAAGAAGGAGAAGAAGAAGAGAGAGAAGGAACCAGAGGAAGAGGUGUACGACAUGUCCAAAGUUGUCCUGGCGGGGGGUGUGGCACCCACACUCUUCCGGGGGAUGCCAGCCCACUUCUCAGACAGUGAGCAGACGGAAGCCUGCUACCACAUGCUCAGCCGACCCCAGCCACCACCAGACCCACUCCUGCUGCAGCGCUUGCCACGGCCCAGCUCCCUGCUGGACAAGACCCAGCUCCACAGCAGGUGGCUGGAUUCAUCACGGUGCCUCAUGCAGCAAGGCAUCAAGGCGGGAGACAUGCUCUGGUUGCGAUUUAAGUACUACAGCUUCUUUGACCUGGACCCCAAGACAGACCCUGUACGGCUGACGCAGCUAUAUGAGCAGGCUCGGUGGGACCUGCUGCUGGAAGAGAUUGAUUGUACCGAGGAGGAGAUGAUGCUGUUUGCAGCUCUUCAGUACCACAUCAACAAGCUGUCGCAGAGCGGGGAGGUGGGCGACCCAGCGGGCCCAGACCCGGGGUUGGAUGAUCUAGAUGCUGCCCUGAGCAACCUGGAAGUGAAGCUGGAGGGGUCAGCGUCCAAUGAUGUCCUGGACAGCCUCACCACCAUUCCGGAACUUAAAGAUCACCUCCGAAUUUUUCGACCUCGCAAGCUGACCCUGAAGGGGUAUCGCCAGCACUGGGUGGUAUUCAAGGAGACCACCCUGUCCUAUUACAAGAGCCAAGACGAGGCCCCUGGGGACCCCAUUCAGCAACUGAACCUCAAGGGCUGUGAGGUGGUCCCUGAUGUCAGUGUCUCCGGCCAGAAGUUCUGUAUCAAACUCCUGGUACCGUCACCCGAGGGCAUGAGUGAAAUCUACCUGCGGUGCCAGGAUGAACAGCAAUAUGCCCUCUGGAUGGCCGGCUGCCGACUGGCCUCCAAGGGCCGCACCAUGGCGGACAGUAGCUACAGCAGCGAGGUGCAGGCCAUCUUGGCCUUCCUCAGCCUACAGCGCUCAGGUGGCGGGGGCUCGGGCAACCACUCCCAGGGUCCUGAGUCCUCCACCGAGGGACUCAACCCCUAUGGCCUUGUCGCGCCCCGCUUCCAGCGCAAGUUCAAGGCCAAGCAGCUCACCCCACGGAUCCUGGAAGCCCACCAGAAUGUAGCUCAGCUCUCACUGUCGGAGGCCCAGCUGCGCUUCAUCCAGGCCUGGCAAUCCCUACCUGACUUCGGCAUCUCCUACGUUGUGGUCAAAUUCAAGGGCAGUAGGAAAGACGAGAUCCUGGGCAUUGCCAACAACCGGCUGAUCCGUAUUGACCUGGCCGUGGGCGACGUGGUCAAGACUUGGCGCUUCAGCAACAUGCGCCAAUGGAAUGUCAACUGGGACAUCCGGCAGGUGGCCAUUGAGUUUGAUGAGCACAUCAACGUGGCCUUCAGUUGUGUGUCUGCCAGUUGCCGCAUCGUGCACGAGUACAUUGGGGGCUAUAUCUUCCUGUCGACGCGGGAGCGGGCCCGAGGGGAGGAGCUAGACGAGGACCUGUUCCUGCAGCUCACAGGGGGUCACGAGGCCUUCUAG